GCCCUCCAGGUGAACGGCACGUGGGGCCUUCCCAGCUUCGUGUGCGACUUCUACAUCGCCAUGGACGUCACGUGCAGCACCUCCUCCAUCUUCAACCUGGUCGCCAUCAGCAUCGACAGGUACAUCGCGGUGACGCAGCCCAUCAAGUACGCGAAGCACCGCAACAGCCGGCGCGUGUGGCUGACGAUCGCGCUGGUGUGGAUGAUCAGCGCCGCCAUCGGGAGCCCCAUCGUGCUGGGGCUCAACAACACGCCCGACCGCCGGCCCGACCUCUGCCUCUUCUACAACUCCGACUUCAUCAUCUACAGCUCCCUCUCCUCCUUCUACAUCCCCUGCAUCAUCAUGGUCUUCCUCUACUACAACAUCUUCAUGGCGCUGCGGAACCGCGCGAGGAAGGCGAAAGCGGCGCGGCGCCCCCUUCCGGCGGACAUAAAGCCUGGCUCGGUGAUCGAGAACCUGGCGCAGACCAGGCGGCUAGCAGAGACAGCGCUAGGGCCGCCCAACCUGCUGGGACCCGGCGGGGCGCCUACCACCACCGACGACGAGGAGCGCCCCACCAACACCGGCUCCGGCAGCCAGGAGGAUGACGACUACAAGGACGUGUCCCCCGGCUAUGAGGACUGCUGCCACGUCAUCCCCAACGACCGCUCCGCCGAGUUCAUCCUGGCCACCGUCGCAGAGGAGACCACGGCGGCGGGAGUGCUGAGCAACACUGCCGCGGGAGGCGGCAGCAACAACGUGGGGCGUCCCGGGGGCGGAGGCGCUGGGGCGGAAGCGGCGGCGGUGGUCGUGCCGGAGGCGAACGGCAACAACGACUCUGGCUACGCCGCCUCCACCCUCGACGAGGCCACCACCACCACGACCACGACCACGUCUGGCGCCGCCUCCUCUCACGUCCACGAGUCGAGCCCAAGGCCAAAGGUGCGGCGAAACGACUCGUCUUCUUCGUCCACGACUGGCCCCACAGUGGCCCCUGCGGGCGCCGUUUCCUCGCCAGUGGGGGCGACACCACGUGACGCGGGGUCUCCGGGGGCGGCGACCGGGUCCGCGACGCAGAGCCCGCCGCCCUCCGCCGCCCCCACGGCCGCGGCGCCGCCCCCGGUGACGCGCCAGGCGACCGUGGACUCCCUGCUUCCCUCGACGGGGGGCAGCAAGCGCGAGAAGCCGGGCCAGGCGGCCGCCAGGUUCACCAUCUACAAGGUGAACCGCGCCAGCCGCAAGAAGCGCGACAAGUCCUCGGCCAGGAAGGAGCGCAAGGCCACCAAGACGCUCGCCAUCGUUCUCGGCGUCUUCCUGGUGUGCUGGGUGCCAUUCUUCACCUGCAACAUCAUGGACGCGCUGUGCACCAAGCUGUCGGGCGACUGCUCUCCCGGCGUCACUGCCUUCAUCCUCACCACGUGGCUGGGCUACAUGAACAGUUUCGUCAACCCCGUCAUCUACACAAUCUUCAACCCGGAGUUCCGGAAGGCCUUCAAGAAGAUCAUGGCCAUCGACACGUAGCGCAGCUGGUCCACGUUCGCGUCGGUGUCGCCCGCCGACGUCGAACUGUGAAAAACCGUGUGGCGUCGGACGAGACCUCUGCCUCACACUCUGGUCAUGUUAGCAUAUGUGUGACUCUCACAGACAGUGGUGGGUGUGCCGGAUAUAGCCUACUGCUAGAAUUAGACGCCUGUUUUAGACUACUAAGGUUUAUGUUUGUAAUUGUGAAUGUUGUGAACUAGAUCACUGUACAGUUCUGCUGUUAUUGUUGCUAUAGCCUCCAAAACGAGACAACUGCUUGCAGCAGUGCUACGAAGAAACACUUACCGAUACAUCCAACGUAACUGAGAGCCAAUACAGAUGUGCAGCACACAUAUGCGCACACACACACACUCUC